AAAAAACCAAAACACCGGCUGUGCGCGGGGCAGAGCUUCAUGUCCCAUCCCGAGUCCCGGCGGCGGCUCCCGCUCCUCAUGAUCCGCUCAUGGAAACCCGGGGCCGCUUCGGGACGCGUCUGCCGCUGCUGCUGCUGCUCCUCUGCCAGGCUCUGACCACCCACUGCCCCGCGGGGGCGGCCCGCGGCUCCCACACCGCCGAGGAGGAGGAGGAGGAGCCGUCCCUCUGGCCCCGCGAGCCCGCGGCAGCCGAGGUGACCGUGGAGGACGAGGCGGAGGAGAGCGACGGGAGUGAGGAGGAGAAGCGCAGGUCAUUGAUAAUUAUCAGCACGUUGGACGGACAUAUUGCUGCACUCGAUCCGGAGGAUCACGGAAGCAAACGGUGGGAGCUGGAUAUGGGCACAGGCUCCCUGGUUUCCUCUAGCCUCAGCAAGCCUGAGGUAUUUGGGAACAAAGUAAUAAUUCCGUCUCUGGACGGUGAUCUCUUUCAAUGGGACCGAGACCAGGAGAGCAUGGAGGCUGUGCCCUUCACUGUGGAGUCUCUGCUGGAAUCUUCCUAUAGAAUUGGUGAUGAUGUGGUCUUGGUCGGUGGGAAGUCGCGGACGAGCUAUGGGUUAAAUGCAUACACCGGAAAGCUACAGUAUGUUUGCUCUGCUGCGGGGUGUCGCCGUUGGGGUAAAGAGGAGGCAGCUGAACACAGCUCAGACCUGCUGCUCUUGCAGCGCACACAGAAAACCGUCCGAGCCGUGGGACCACGAUCUGGGGCUGAGAAGUGGAAUUUUAGUGUGGGGCACUACGAGCUCAAGUUUGUCCGUGAUGUCAUGUCCAAUGUUAACUACAUAGAGAGCGAUUCUAAGCCCGGCAGCAAGAAGGAAGAAGUGAAGAUUAUGCCUGAAGAGGCCCAGGAUGUGAUUAACGGCAUGGUUAUAAAAGUCUCUGUCACUGACUGGAAAGUGAUGGCUUUUAACAAUCAAGAUGGAGGGCAACUGGAGUGGGAGCAUCAGUUCUAUACUCCAGUUGCAUCAGCUUGGUUAGUUGAGGAUGGAGAAGUGAGUCCGAUCAGGUUAUUUGAUGCCAGUUACAGCACAGACAGCCAAGGUGGACAAGAUGAUGAGGAGGACCUUGUGGAGGCAGCACGGAGCGCCGCGGAGUCCAGUGUGUACCUCGGAAUGUAUAAAGGACAACUCUAUGUGCAGUCAUCGACCCCCUUAAAGUUACCAACAUUUGACAAAACGAGGGCAGAGCACGUCAUUAUCCACUUGCCUAAACUGAAAUGGAAUCCUCUCAUCCAUUCUCCAUCCAGGACUCCAGCACUGGUUAGUUCUGAUGAGCACGAUAAAUGCCUGAUCAACGAUAGACUCUCUCAUGAGGAGUAUAGCAGUAGGGGCUUGUCAAUUCUGCAGUAUCCAUAUGACAAUGGCUUUUAUUUGCCUUACUAUGGGAAGGAGAAACAACAGUGUGACAUUCGCAGAGUCUUGCGCCGUUCGGAUUCAAAGAACACCACCAAAAAGGACCCCACUCUUUUGCUGCACUGGUGGAGAGAAAUUGUCUGCACCAUUAUUUUUUGUGUUGUCGCAACGACCUUUAUAGUUCGCAAACUUGUUCACGCCUCAACUUCAGGAAGGGAAUGUGUCCGGCAAAGGAAAGAGUCAGAGACGCAGUGUCAGACUGACUCCAAGAGUGAUACAGCUACUGAAGAGCUAAAGGAAAUUCAGGGAAUCGACUCCAAGUCAACUGGUUAUGUGUCCAGAUGCCUCACAGACUUUGAAUUGGUGCAGUGUCUCGGUCGCGGAGGGUUUGGUGUCGUCUUUGAAGCAAGAAACAAAGUCGAUGACUGUAAUUAUGCCAUCAAGAGGAUUCGUCUCCCAAAUCGUGAGCAAGCCCGUGAGAAGGUGAUGCGGGAGGUUAAGGCUCUGGCCAAACUGGAACAUCCUGGAAUUGUCCGCUAUUUCAAUGCUUGGAUAGAGGCACCGCCUGAAGGAUGGCAGGAGGAGAUGGAUAAAAAGCUGCUGAAGGAUGAAAGCACGGAAUGGCCAGCCAGUUCCCCAGAUGCACUGGAAGCUGCCUCUGCUAACCGGCCCAAACCUGUAAUGCUAACAAACUGUUUUGGGCACUUCACACCUUCAGUGAAUGUGCUCACUCCCCCUGUUGUUGCUGCCGGUCAGCGGUUACCUUCGGGAGAGCCGUGCGGGGGUCUACGGUUUUCAAAGGACCUGAGUCAGUCUAUGGAGCAGUUGCAGUGUGGCCAGGACAGUCUUCUAUCUGAAUGUGGAAGCGAGGACCGGUCUGACGUGGCACAUUCCUUUGAGCUGUGUGUGUCGGUUGGCAGUAACUUAAGGAACGAGGACAGGACCUCGUCCUUCGAUAUAGUGUUUGAAGACUCUGGCUGUGACCGUUCUUCAGAGCACAAUCUCAACCCGAACUCAUCCAGCCACGGUGCAGGCGACAGUGGGCAAUUGGCUUCCUCCUCUGACACCGGGACCACCAGUGAUAACAGGCUGUCCUCUGGCCACACUCUGUCCCAAUCUCCUCCCAGACCUACCUCCCUGUAUUUGGACUUGUGUAAAGGACUGGAGGACAAGAACAAACUGAACUCGCCCAAGGUUUACUUGUAUAUACAGAUGCAGCUCUGCAGGAAAGAGACGCUAAAGGAUUGGAUGAGCACACAGUGUACGAUGGAAGCCAGGGACCGAACUGAAUGCCUGAGGAUAUUUUUACAGAUGGCUGACGCGGUACAUUUUCUGCAUGCUAAAGGUUUAAUGCACAGAGACCUUAAGCCUUCGAAUAUUUUCUUCACGUUGGAAAAUGUGGUGAAAGUUGGUGAUUUUGGACUGGUGACUGCCAUGGACCAAGAGGAGGAGGGAUGCGUACUUACCCCAAUGCCGGUAUAUGCUCGGCACACAGGGCAAGUGGGCACCAAGCUGUACAUGAGCCCAGAGCAGAUCUCAGGAAAUGCAUAUUCUCACAAAGUGGACAUCUUUUCUUUGGGACUGAUCCUAUUUGAACUGCUGAAUCCCUUCAGCACGCAAAUGGAAAGAGUGCAGACGUUAAUGGAAGUGCGAGAACAGAAAUUCCCCAUUUCAUUUUUUGAUCAGUAUCUUCAAGAGUGUGAAAUGGUGCAGCAGAUGCUCUCUCACGAGCCUUCUCUACGGCCUGAAGCUGUGGACAUCGUGGAGAGUUCCAUCUUUGAGAAUCUCGAUCUCCCCGAGAAGACGGUGUUGAGGCAGAGGACACGAACAUUGAGCUCCUCCGGAGUCAAAAUGCUGCGAAUGUCAGUUAGCUAAUGGCAGAUUUUUAAAAAAACCUCACCUUGCCUGAUUUUUGGAAGUCUUCCUUUUUGCCUGACAUUGUACAGUGUUUGUGGAAAUGUUUACAAAGCGGUGUCGGACUCAUCUCGGAUGUUAAAAGGUCAAGUGACGCACUAUUACAUUUUCAUUGCUGAAAUACUUGCAUUUUGUAAUCAAUUGCCAAUUGCAAACUGAACAUUUUUGUAGAAACUGACAUUUGGGAAUCAGCUUUCAGCUUCCCAAAUCAUCUCCAUUUUUGUUCAGUGUCCAUUGCCAUUUUUUUUGGUCAGCAGGGCGUCUUGACAUGCACGGAAACCCAU